AUGAGGUAUAAAAAGGUAGUCGGAAUCGCGUUUUUCUACUUUUCCUUUAACGAUGAGGCAAAACAAGAUGAUAAUGGCAUGUUACGCACGUUGCUGUUACAGCUAUCCGUACAACUACAAGACGGCGAGAGGGAUCUAGAACAGCUGCAUGCAUUGUAUAAAUCUGGGUCUCCCCCAGUACAUGCGCUGUUUGACACACUUCAACGCUUUCUUGACCGAUUCUGCGAUACUUAUAUUCUACUCGACGCGCUAGACGAAAGUCCUCAAGACUGCAAAAGGGAAGGCGUCUUAAGAGCGAUACAAGUGAUACGAAGUUGGUCGAUACCUGGUGUCCAUAUUUUGGUGACGAGUCGCAACGAGCUAGACAUCCGAGAAUCGUUAUAUCCUUCUCAUGACCAAGAUCUUCCGCUGAGGAAUUCGGAAACCGACAGAGACAUAGCAAAUUUUGUCUCUUAUCAGCUUAGGAACGACAAGAAACUCCAGAGGUGGAAAGCGCGCCAUGAUGAGAUUGAGGCAAAAUUGACAAUAAGUGCACAAGGAGUGUUCAGAUAUGUUGAGUGUCAGUUCAAAGCCAUAAGACGGGUCCGUAACCAGAUCCAGCUUGACAAAUGUCUAAACACACUGCCCCGUGAUCUUGAUGAGACAUAUGAGCGAAUCUUGUGCAACAUUGACGAAGAAUAUGUCAACGACGUGCGGCGGGUUUUGACUCUGCUUUGCUUCUCCAGGCGGCCGCUCACAGUCAAUGAGCUGAUCGACGCACAUGCUGUUGAUCUAAGUGAACCAGCACACCUCGAUCGUGACGGUCGUUCGUAUGAGCACGAUGACCUUGUCGAUAUUUGCUUAGGUCUUAUUGAGAUCAUGACCACGGAAGAUGACAAUGGACAAAACAUCUCAGCUGCUCGCAUAGCACAUUUCUCUGUCCAGGAGUAUCUUCAAUCAGACCGCAUCUUACAACAAAAAGCAAAAUGCUUCGCCAUCCAAAGUGCACCUGCAAAUACAGAAAUAGCCCAUAUCUGUCUCGUCUACCUCAUGGAGCCAAAACUCUCUAAUGGGUUGCUAGAUGAGGCAAGGCUCACAGAAUUCCCGCUUGCUCAUUUUGCUGCUACGUAUUGGUUCCAUCAUUAUGCAAACUCAAGUGAAGGGAUGGACGAAAUUGAGCAACUUGUGGUUAAGCUGUUCACAGACAAAACAAAGUCUUUCGCGACUUGGGUACGGUUACAUGACAUAGACGAUCGGUUUACAGCGUUUAGGCCGCUUAGAGAGUUACCGGAUUUGCGUCGUCCAAUUGCUGAAAUGGCAACGCCAGUGUACUACGCGGCCUUGCUAGGAUUAUGGUUCGUUUUGUCCAGUAUCUUACCGAUUGACUCAGGGGAUUCAGAGGUAGCAGAACUCGUCAACACCCAGGGCGGAUCCUAUGGCAAUGCACUCCAGGCGGCAUCAGAGGGAGGCCAUGAAAAGGCGGUGCAGAUACUAUUAGACCGAGGAGCCGAUGUCAAUGCCCAGGGCGGAUAUUAUGGCAAUGCACUCCAGGCGGCAUCAGAGGGAGGCCAUGAAAGGAUCGUGCAGAUGCUGCUGGAUCGAGGUGCCGACGACCACGCCGAGAGUGAACAAACUCGACCUUCAUUGGUGACCAGUAGUUGAAACCUCUUCACUGACAUACCCUUCGUUGCUGUCGGAGGAUCAUAGCGCCACAUAUUUUCUUAACAUUAGACUUGAGCUCUCCCGCUGAUCUAUGGUUGUUCCUGCUCUAUUCAAGCAGCGAGGUUAGCGCGCCGGACAAUCACAAGCCACCACCAACUGCGCCUCAGGAUCAAUAACCCUUCCGGUCAGCCAAGAAUGUGUACACGCGACUGAGUCCCUUAGUCGGAUGGCUCAGGAGAGCAUCAGCCCUGCACAUCACAUUUAUAGGCCCUUCUCCUAAUGUCCUCCCUCCCUCACUCAAUGGCGAUAUACUUUGCUUCUUUGUGCUACUUGGGUGAUUGGGUGAAUUUUCUGGUCCCUUUCUUAGAUGCCAAUUUUUGAAAGGGAAAACCUGUCGGUUGGUCUCACUGGAGACUCGAGUGGCAAUAUCAGGUCAAAGGCUGCGGGUUUUUUCAGUCUGUCAACAUGUAAUGUUCAACAUUGGACCAGGCGUUACUGUGCAUGAUCAGCACCCUCAAUUAAUUGAGCGCGUCAAAACUUGUCCUUCGGGCCGUCCGCCAACGACCUCAAUAAGCUGAGGCACUCAACUACUGGAGACAUACAUCUAACUGAGGCAUGGUCAAUCCUCACGCAGGUCUUACGACUCCUAUGAACUACUACGUCGAUACUGAAUGCUCCCAUGAAGAGACAUUACGUUACUAGGAAUGAGAUGUCUGUUCCUGCGAAUGGUUUGACAGAUUGUAGGAGUAGGGUACUGUGCCGGGGGCACUGCGAAACCCCGGAUCUCCCAUAUUUCCUAUCUUAGAACACCGUAGAACCGCGGACUCCGACAUACUAAUGUAUGGUGGAGCCCGCGGCCGGAGUACUUAAUGGAGAGUUCCCUCCCAGAUAGUUACGAGAAAU